GGUUAGCGCGCCGCCGCCGCAGUCGGUCGCUUGUGAAUACCGCGCGGUUAUAACGCGCCCUUACCUUACGCGAACAACGAACUGUUUCUUCUCGGAUCUACUUCUUCUAAGUGGCAUGGGUGAUGGUGUCGCAAUGAGGCUGCAACUGUUGGCCCUAGCGCUGCUGUUGUCGUCGGCAGCAGCCGAGCCGCGCCAGAACAGCACGCCUCGUCCGAGGCACUGGCAGCGCGGAGCCAGGACCCUCGCCGAUCGAUCCGCAACGCACUUCGUUGGGCCCCACGUGUGCCGCAGUCGUAACAGCACGCAUUGCUGUCCAGGGUGGACGUCCAGACCCAACUCGUUACUAUGCGUAGUUCCUUUAUGUCGUCCGGACUGCGGUUCGCCAGGUUCGUGUAUAGCGCCGAACAUGUGUCGCUGUCCCGGUGGGGUGGAGGCACCCUCGUGCUUCCCCGGGGGAGGGGGUGGUGGAGGAGGAUACUACCCGUACCCUGUUCGUGCUCGGGGCGGAUGUCGCCGCAUCUGCAUGAACGGCGGGUCGUGCACCAACGGGACAUGCGCCUGCGCACCCGGCUGGAGCGGGGAGUUCUGUACCGAACCGAUAUGCCGCGAGCCGUGUCUCCACGGGGGCCGCUGCAUCGCGCCCGAUCGCUGCGUGUGCUUCCACGGACUGUCAGGCACUCGCUGUGAGAUCGAUCGACGAACCGGUCCGUGCUACACUGACACCCGCGGUGCUUUGUGUACUGGAGCUCUAGAGGGCGUGGUUUGCACGAAACAACUAUGUUGUGCGACAGUGGGCGUGGCCUGGGGACACCCCUGCGAGCGUUGCGGGGACCUCGACUGUCCCCAGGGACAUCUCAGGAACCUGGCUACUAAAGAAUGUCAAGACAUAGACGAGUGCGCAGCGGUUCCCGGCCUGUGUGAGGGAGGUCGCUGCAUCAACUCUGUGGGAUCGUUCUCCUGCGAGUGUCCGGCCGGCCAAAGGCGGCAUCCUGUCUCCAACAACUGCGAGGAUAUCGAUGAGUGUGAGGACCCCGACAUUUGUCCAAAUGGAAAAUGUGUGAACACUGAAGGUGAUUACUACUGUCUAUGUAAUCCACACUUUAUCCCGAGCCCGGAUAAGAAAUUUUGCAUUGACGGGAGAGUGGACGCGUGCUACACGUACCUGAGUGAGACGGGGGAGUGCGGUGACAAGCUGGGCAUGGCACUCUCCAACCGAGACUGCUGCUGCGGGUACAACAUGGGUCGCGCCUGGGGACAGCUCUGCACACCUUGCCCGCCGCGUGGCUCCAUGGAGUGGAGUCACCUGUGCGGUGGCGGUGCAAUCCCGCCAGAUUGGAGGCGAAAUGACACAAGUGGUGGCUUCGGGGACGGCGAUGAAAUCGCACACCCCAUAGCUAAGAUUAACGAGUGCAUGCUGAGAAACGGUAUCUGUGGACUGGGAGACUGUGUUGAUAAGGAUGUUGGAUACUCUUGUUCGUGUUGGACGGGAGCGGAGAGUACUCUUCAAGAUGGAAACCCCACGUGUAUCGACAUUGACGAAUGUGCACUGCAGUACUGCAAGGGUGGUACCUGCAUUAACACCCCGGGGAGCUUCCAAUGCAAGUGUCCCCCUGGAUUUGAUCCUGUGGAGAAUGGUUUACGAUGCAGCGAUAAGAACGAGUGUGAAUUGACAGACGGAGAAAUGUGCACAAAUGGCGUGUGCACCAAUAUCGGCGGAGGAUAUGAAUGCACUUGCAACCCCGGCUACGAGUCAACACAGACGGGACACGCGUGUACCGAUGUGGACGAGUGUGCGGACAACCCGCGCGUGUGUCGCCGUGGACGCUGCCGCAACACGCCUGGCGGUUACGAGUGUCUGUGCGAGCCCGGCUUCGCGCGUACGGCGGCCGGUUUCUGUGCCGACGUCGACGAGUGUGCCGACAGGAGCUUGUGUCAGGGCGGUCGCUGCGUGAAUGGCGAGGGAUCGUUCCAGUGCGUGUGCGAGGCAGGCUACCGUCCGUCGCCGGACCGUGCCGCAUGUAUCGACGUGGACGAGUGCUCGGAACUGCGUGUGUGCCGCAACGGUCGGUGCCACAACACGCCCGGCUCCUUCCGCUGUGACUGUCUGCCCGGCUUCACGCUCAGCAACGACGGCCGCACCUGUCUAGAUGAAGUACAAGAUCUGUGUUACGAGAAAUUCGAAGACGGUCAGUGUAGCGGUCCUGGGCCAGCACCUGUGACCCGUUCCCAGUGUUGUUGUAGUGCAGGGAAAGGACUCCACCUGGGCUGGGGUGUAGCUUGCAAGGCGUGCCCCGCCCGCGGUACAAAGGACUAUGAAGUCCUGUGUCCGGAGGGAGCGAGCAAGGAUAACAGUGGUGCAGACAUCAACGAGUGCACGAUGAUUCGAGGCAUCUGUCCGCACGGAACAUGCGAGAACCUGGAACCAGGUUACAAGUGCAUAUGUGACCCUGGAUAUCAUCCCGAUGCGGAUGGUAUAUGCAGGGAUAUCGAUGAAUGUGAUAUGCAUCAGUCGUACUGCACGGGCGGCCAAUGUCGGAACACAGCGGGCAGCUUCACAUGCGUGUGUCCGCCGGGCACGCGUCACGAGCCGGCCGAGCAGCUGUGCCGCGACGUGGACGAGUGCGAGGGUGAGGCCCUCUUCUACGACGACCUCGCCCAGCGUGGUGACAUUCCCCCCCUUAGCCGUGCAGAACAAUCGAACCCCUGCGACAACGGACGUUGUAUCAACACACACGGCAGCUACGAGUGUGAAUGUGAGCACGGCUUCGUGCUAGACCCCACACAGCGACACUGUCUUGACAAUCGUCGGGGUUCAUGUUGGCGUCGCGUGGUGGACGGUCAGUGCGAGGCGGCAGCGCCGGGCCCCCUCCUGCGUCAGGAGUGCUGUUGCAGUCUGGGGCUAGCUUGGGGGUCGCCAUGUGAGCCCUGCGACACCGAACACUGUCCCUGCCCUAAAGGAUUCGCUAAGUUGGAUGGGUCAACAUGCAGGGAUAUAGACGAGUGUAUGCUGGAUCCAGAGCUAUGCGUGGGUGGAGAGUGUGUCAACACGGACGGCUCGUAUCGCUGCGAGUGUCCGCCUGGACUUACCCUGGACGCUUCUGGUGGCCGUUGUGUGGACACUCGUCGUGAGCACUGCUACACGCAGUACUCUGGCGGGCAGUGUUCAGGACCUUUACAGGUGGACGUCUACCGAGCGGUAUGCUGUUGCUCCUCGCUGGGAAAGGCGUGGGGUGGCUCUAGAUGUGAACCCUGUCCUAAAAAAGGAACGGAUGCCUACCGUAACCUUUGCAUAUCGGACGCAAAGGGACCCGGUGUUUGGACACGACCUGGUUCCGGUCCUGGGGAUCCAAAUAGAACCGGGAUUUGGAGCCAGAUAGGUGGAGGUGAUGACUUUGGUAACGGCUGGGACGAUGGCGAAUGGGACAAUGGAACAGAUAGCUGGGGUGGUAUAGGAGGAGGCAUGGAUAGAGGGCCUCCACUUAUUCCUAGCCAGAUGGAAGUAAACGAGUGCGCGGCUUUCCCUGGACUCUGCGGACACGGCAGGUGUCGUAACAUGGUCGGAACCUUUACUUGUGACUGCUUCCCAGGAUAUGAAAAGGACUCACAAAACCAUACGUGCGUGGACGUGAAUGAGUGCGAGAUUGUCGAGGAUGUGUGCGGUGCCGGUGCGGGCGAGUGUCGCAACACGGAGGGCAGCUUCCAGUGCGUGUGCCGCGACGGAUACACCACUGAGCAACUGUCCAAGAUCUGCAUUGAUAUUGACGAGUGUGCCGAAAAUCGCGCUCUGUGUCGCGGCGGUCGGUGUGUCAACACUCCGGGCUCGUUUAGAUGUGAGUGCGGACCGGGCAUGGAACUUGCGCCAGACCGACUUUCCUGCAAGGAUGUGGACGAGUGCUCAAUCACUUCGGGAAUUUGCAGUAACGGAGCGUGUGAAAAUCAGAUGGGAACGUACCAGUGCGUAUGCGACGAGGGUUACGCGCAGAGUACCGUAAAGUCCCACUGCGAGGACAUCGACGAGUGUGAGGAAGACCCCACUCGCUGCCAGCACAACUGUGUUAACACGCCCGGCUCCUAUCACUGCACGUGCAGAGAGGGGUGGCACCUGCGCGCGGACGGCCGUUCGUGCCGCGACAUAGACGAGUGUGCGGUUGGCACGCGCGUGUGUGGCGGUGGAGAGUGUCGCAACACGCCCGGCUCGUACCGCUGUGUGUGUGGCGAAGGCCUGCUCGCCUCGCCGCCUGACGCGCGCCCCGCCUGCCAGGAUGUCGAUGAGUGCCAGGACAUCCCAGAGCUCUGCGGUGCUGGCGAGUGUCGGAAUACGAUCGGUAGUUUCGUGUGCCGCUGCCCCGACGGGUACAGCGUGAAGCCCGAGCAAGGCCCCGCCUGCACCGACGACGAUGAGUGCGAGUUGGGCACCUGUGACUGUCACCCCUCCGCUGACUGCAUCAACUUGCCGGGUUCAUUCCAAUGUCGCUGCCGAGAUGGAUGGCGCGGCGAUGGUUCAGAGUGCGAAGACAUAGACGAGUGUCUGACCAACAAUGGAGGUUGCCAUCCGCGUGCCACAUGCCGCAAUACCGACGGUUCUUUCAUGUGUCUGUGUGACACCGGAUACAAAGGAGACGGAUACUCAUGCGUGGACAUUGACGAGUGCGCGAACGACCCAACCCUGUGCGAGAACGGUCAUUGUACGAACACUGCCGGCGGGUACGAAUGCGACUGCGACGUAGGGUUCACCAAGUCUCAGGACGGACGCUCUUGUCUCGAUAUGGACGAGUGUGCGACGUUCGACAAUGUCUGCGUGUUUGGUCGUUGUGUCAACACGUACGGGAUGUUCAAAUGUAUUUGCGAUAAGGGAUACCAGUCUGAUAGCAUUGAUGAUUUGAUGCCCGGGUUCAACUGCACUGACGUGGACGAGUGCAAGUCACCACAAUCUUGUCAGUACGGUGAAUGUAUCAAUACGCAGGGAUCCUACAUCUGCCGCUGCCCUCCCAACUACGAGCUGCUGUCCGACGGUACAGCAUGCUUUGAUUCUCGCAAGGCGCGAUGCUAUGGUAAAGUGGAUCUUCGUUCAGGAACGGAGCAGUGUCGAGACGAAGAUGAGGUUUCCGAAGACGGAACCAUGGCAGCAUGUUGUUGUUCUAUUGGUGCCGCUUGGGGUAAUUAUUGUGACUUAUGUCCGGAGCCUGGUUCAGAAGCGUAUCGGCAACUGUGUCCCGGCGGACCAGGCUAUCAACCGAUUUUGGAACCACCAUCGUACGUGGUGACGUUGGCGGACAUCGACGAGUGCGCUCAACACCCACAACUGUGCGAGCACGGUACUUGCACCAACACAUUCGGCUCGUUCAUGUGCACUUGCGGCGCGGGCUGGCGCCUGGUGGACUCCCGCUGCGAAGAUGAGGACGAGUGCGCAGCUCCUGACGUCUGCGGACCUGGCGUGUGUCGCAACCUGCCCGGCUCCUAUGUGUGCCUGUGUCCCGAGGGAUAUGUCGCCAUGCCCAACGGAAAGGAGUGCGUCGACGUAAGGCAGCGGCAGUGUUACAUGGAGUGGGAUGAGUAUUCGGGGACCUGUUCCGGUGCGGUGGGAGUGCCUCAAACUAGAUAUCUAUGUUGCUGCUCGGUCGGUCGCGCCUGGGGCGCCCCCUGUACCGCGUGCCCCGACCGCGGGUCUCCCGAGCACGUGGCACUGUGUGGCGAGAAGCCUGGCGAGUACAUCAACCCCGUCACCAACGAGACGCGCCCCAUCGACGAGUGUGACAUCAUGCCGCAACUGUGCAAGCCGGGCGUGUGCCAUGACACACCCACAGGAUUCCGCUGCGGCUGCGACCACGGGUACGAACACGACAACACGUCCCACCUGUGUCGCGACAUCGACGAGUGUGCGGAGCAGCGCGCGCCGUGCCGCGGACUUGCGCACUGCGUCAACCUACCCGGCACCUACGAAUGCAAGUGUCCGCCCGGCUACCGGCUCACCAGUUCUCUUGACGAGUGUGAAGACGUGGACGAGUGUUCCGAUGAGCGUCUGUGUGAGCAUGGCGACUGCAGGAACACGCUCGGAUCUUACCGAUGCGAAUGUAAAGCCGGGUACACACUGCGCGACAAUGCGUGCCGCGAUGUGGACGAGUGCAGCCGGCCACGAGCGAUGUGUCGUAACGGAACGUGCGAGAACCUUCCUGGCUCCUAUAUGUGCCACUGUGACGAAGGCUUCAAGCCUGGUGCCAACAACGACUGUGUCGAUAUAAACGAAUGCCGCGAGGGAGGCAUGGUGUGCCGCAAUGGCCGCUGCCGCAACACGGCCGGGUCGUUCCGUUGCGAGUGUGCGCCCGGCUACACACUGGCGCCCGACGGCCGCAACUGUCGCGACGUGGACGAGUGCUCCGAGCUACCCGCGCCGUGUGGACGCGACGGCUCGCCCGCUUGCACCAACACCAACGGCGGAUACGAGUGUACGUGCGGUGCGGGCUGGCGCGCGGUUGGACGCCGCUGUGUCGACAGAGACGAGUGCCGCGAGCUGCCGCAUGUGUGUGCCGGUGGGGACUGCCAUAACUUCAACGGCGGGUACCGGUGUGACUGCCCCACCGGUUGGCGGUUUGACUCAGCAAGCGCCGUGUGUGUGGAUGAGCGCAAGGAGCUGUGCUACGACGAAUGGGACGUCGGUCGUUGUCACCGCGCUCGACCUCUCCAACUGGCCCGCGCCGAGUGCUGCUGCUCAGAGGGUGCUGCUUGGGGUCGGUACUGUGAAAGAUGCCCCACACCUGACUCUCCUGAAUUCCUGCGGAUAUGCCAGGGUGGGAUGGGACGGCCCAAUCUCACACAAGAUCUAGACGAGUGCAUGGUGCGGCCAGACGUGUGCAAGGGCGGGCGCUGUAUCAACACGGACGGCUCGUUCCGCUGCGCGUGUCCGGCCGGCUAUACGCUGGACGCCAGCGGGCUCGUGUGUGUGGACGCAGACGAGUGCGUCGCCGAGCCACGCAUCUGCGGCAACGGCACGUGCACCAACACGCCGGGCGGCUACGAGUGCCGCUGCAACAAGGGUUUCACGCAGGGACCUGAACAGACAUGCGUGGACAUUGACGAGUGCGCGGAAGGUCGCGCGCAGUGCUCUUUCCGGUGCCACAAUACGGCGGGCUCGUUCCGCUGCACGUGUCCGUUCGGGUUCACGCUCGCGGCCGACGGCAUACACUGCCGCGACGUAGACGAGUGCGCCGAUGACGCCGACGCCUGUCCACACGCUUGCGAGAACAUCGUCGGCUCCUACGUGUGCAAGUGUCCUGAAGGCUACAAGCGCACGUCGGCGCCGCACGACGCGGCAGACGCGUGCGAGGACAUCGACGAGUGCGCGGAGGGCGGCGAGGUCGGUGACAAGUGCGCGCCCGGCGUGUGUAUCAACACCGAGGGCAGCUACGAGUGUGACUGCGACGCGGGCUACGAGCCCAGCGACGACGGACACGCUUGCAUUGACCACAGAACUGGCAUGUGUCACCGUUCGCUGGUGUCUGGACGCUGUGUGCCCGAGCCUUGGCCCAGCUCGCUCGCCUCCACGCCUACACCGCCCAUGCAGGUCACCAAAGCACAAUGUUGCUGCACCUUGGGCGUGGCAUGGGGAGCGGAGUGCGAGCUGUGUCCUCUGCCCGGCACAGCGGAGCGGGCGGACCUCUGCUCUCUCACCAACCUGAUCACCAAAGGUGGAAUUACUGGCGGCGGGGGUAAGUUCCCGGGCGGUGCGAGUGAGACGGCGCUAGUGCCCGAUGUGUUCGGAGACAUCGACGAGUGCGCUGCGAUGCCAGGACUGUGCGCGCCUGGCCGAUGUGUCAACACUAUCGGCAGUUUCCGCUGCGUGUGCUCCCCGGGCUACAAGUCUAUGGGAGGAACGUGCGCGGACAUCGAUGAGUGCGCGUCUGUCCGCAGUCCGUGCGAACAGCUGUGCACCAACACCGAAGGGUCUUACGAGUGUCUCUGCAGAGCUGGAUAUGAGGUUGAUGAAGAUGGUGCCCGGUGUCGUGACGUGGACGAGUGUACGCGUGGAACGCACACCUGCCAACAAAACUGCGCAAACACGGACGGAUCUUACGAGUGCUCCUGCCAAGAUGGCUACGAGAAGCGUGGCGAUGCAUGUGUCGAUAUAAAUGAGUGUCACGAAGAAGGCAUUUGUCCGAGCGGCGGUAAGUGUGUGAACCUUCUGGGCUCGUACCGCUGCGUGUGUCCUCGCGGCUACCGUCUGGAUGUUACCGGCACGCGGUGCUUGGACCGGGACGAGUGUGAAGACGGACGCUGUCAGUCGCCAUGUCGGAACUACGCCGGAGGGUACCGCUGCGAGUGUCCGCCCGGUUCGGUACGGUCGGCGAGUGGUGGUUGCGUGCCGCAGGACGUGUGCGCCGCUGGCCCGUGCGGCGACGCUCCUUGCUUCCCGUUGGGUGCCGCCUACCGCUGCGGCUGCCCCGCUGGCUACGGCUGGCACGCCGCACAUGCCGUCUGUCUGCAGAUGGCAGGCGGGUGUGCGACUGCUAGCUGUCUAUUCGGUUGCACGCCGUUCGGGGACUCGUACCAGUGCGGUUGCCCCGCGGGGUACCAGCUGGUUGGUGCUGGUCACUGUCUCACCGCACUGGACCCCUCUCUCCCCGCGGGUGACAUCGGGGACGCGCCCGUCUUCCCAGUCAAAGACCAAUAUAAGAUUGGAGGAGAUAAUGAGCUCAUAUCUACCGAGGGGUGCUUCAGUUGUAAGAUGAACGGUCGUCACAGACGCGCGCCGGAGGAGGGCAUCGUGUUCGCAAACGGUACAACGCUCGUGCGGAGACGAAGGAGGCGUAGCCGGCGUCGUCGUUCGCUUCUGGAACCAGAAGCCGAGUUGAUCGUGGUGAAGGCGACUCCCAGACAGACGUGGGGCCGAGUCCCUCUGAUGCGUCUAGUAGCGGCCGAGGGCCAGGGACGGCCGCACUAUCGCAUCGCGUACGGCGACCCUCAGAAGCGCUUCAUUCUCAAUAAGAAGGACGGCACGUGGGCGCUUCGUCUGCGCAAACACCUAAAGUCAACCGACGUGAUGGAGACGCAAUUGGAGGUGGAAGCCAGGUUCGUGACGACGCAGACGCGGCGGCGACGCCAGGCUGAGCUGGUACCCGCGCCGCUGAGGCUCUACGUGUCCGUCCGUAUCGGACCCGACACCACAAACUCGCCCAACACGCUUUGAUCGGGCGUACUCGACAACUCCUCGACCCUUAGAUACGAGCGCGCGCGUACACAACCAUUAUCAAAUAAGAAAAGCAUUGAGUAACAUUGAGAUAUAAACAAGUAACUAAAGCUGUAUGGAACCACGGUAACGGAUACUAACAUACUGACGUCACAUAAUAAAAUGGUAAUUUAGUAUAGACAAGAUUUUGCACAUAAUUUUCUUAACGCUUCAUUCAGCGCGGGGAAACCUUCAGCACUCCUGAAGAAAUUUAAACGUUGUGUGUGAAGUUGAAUAACUUAUGGAUAAAAGGGGCAUAAGCACAGAGCCGCAAAAAAGGUUGAAAAAAAAAUUGCACAUUUAUAAACAUCCUUUAGACGUAGUUGUUAAAUCAUUAGCUGUCCAAAAUUCGUACCGCAGCAACCACUCGCGCUAGUCAAUCAUUAUAGUUUGAAACCAGAUUAAGUUUACAUUCAAUGUGUGCUUCGUUUACCAUAAUACUAUUGCUUAUUCAUUUUGUCCUUUUGUAAGUACUUGUUCUGUAUUAUAAAAUCUCAUACUUGUCUAUUACUUGGUUGGCGGGAUUGUAUUCAUCAAAUAAUUUUUAUGUGAAUACUUCGGUGAUUACCUAAGGGUCGUCUAUUGGUACAAAAAACGUUAUGAAUUAACUGGUUGUAACAAUUCACUGCCAAAGCACCAGUCGGGAAUUGCAAUUUCUUACAAUGUAUUCACUAAGCUAUAAUUAAUAAGAGUUUUGUAAAUUUUUGCAAUGAGUGCCAUCUUGCGUUGAACAUGUGAAACUACGAAUUUUAUUUAACUCUUUAGUUUUGAACAGGCUAUAUAAGAAAGAUCAAUUUAAUAAUAUGUUUUAUCAUCUUUAUUCGUUGAAUAAUAGUAAUUUUUUCCUAAGUCAAGACAAAUACGAUUUCAUGGUAUAUUUUUUUUAUUACUAUAGUUCUAUCUACUAAAAUCUGAAAUCAAGUUAUUAAGACAUUUUUCCUUCCAUGAUUUGUAGCAUUUAGCCUAAAAGCCUUGCACACAGUCGAAUAACGAUAAUUCGAAAGCAUUAAGAGCUCGGCAGUAUUAAAUUUGAGAGAUUACUAUAUGAUUUAAUGUUCAUCUACAAUAAUAAUUUACAUACUUACGGACUUUGGGAUCGAAUAUAUUUAGUCGAUAUUCGUUAGUCUUGAAUGAUUCAAUCGAUGUUUUAAUGUAUACUAACCUUUUCACUGCCUUGUGAUAAGAAUUAGGAAAUUAUCUUGAAAACUGUAAAAGCAUGUAAGAAAAGUGUUCAUUUAACAAUUUUGCUGCAACGUUAUUUAGAGAUUAAAAGUUUAUAAAUAAAUUUUGCAGCAUUACCCUGCAGUUAGUAUGGAGAUAUAAUUAUGUUAUUAUUAAUAAAUAUGAUAAAAUAUUAAGACAAAAUAAAGUUCUUGCUUAAAAAUUAGUAUUCAAAAGAUCAGGAUCAUUUGAACUCAAAAAGUAAUAAGUACUGAAUUAUAAUAUUGGAAAGGUCUUUAAAUAUUUUGUGGACAUUGUACAAAUACAGGCUUUAAGGAGUAUGCCCAAGCAUAUGAACGAAAUAAAAUUUAAAGAAUUAUUUAUUUUACUUUUAAAUAAAUCACUAAUUUAAAAUAAGGAUUAUUAUAUUUAUAUAGAACCACUAUAGGUACCUAUUUAAGGCUUUUAGGUGUUACAAGAUUCAAUAGGGUUAGAUUAUUUUGUAAAUAUGUGCAUACGUUCGAAAUUGUAUUAUGUUAACCUAGCUUGUAAGUGUAUGUGAAAGUAUCUAUAAAUAAAUAAAUUUUUAUUAAUA